CACUCAAGUGUUGAUCGAGCCCAUCGCCUUGGGCAAGAUAAAGAUGUCAUUGUGUAUAGAUUAGUCACAUGUGGAACGAUUGAAGAACACACCUACCGACAACAGGUGAUUAAAGGUGAGAAGGCAACAGCUGUAACGAAGGAAAAUCAGAGCAGGCGGGAAAUAACAAAGCCGACAAGGAGGGUCCUGAGUAUGCCUCCUGAAGGUUUUGGAGUCUCCAAAACUUUGAUUGAGCUUCUAGCUAUACAUGGAGGUGCUUUUGAUCCGUCACUUGAUGAAUCUGAAAUCAGGCAAGUCAGAGGACAUGAAUCUGUUGUUGGUGUAUCAAACCAUUUGCAUCUGUUUUCCCAGAGGGAAUCUGACCCUGUCACAAAUGAAAAACACAAAUAUACAGCUGGCCCAAGUCGCAAGCGCAGCGAACUAUCUAUGCCAGUAGAUGCAGAAAUUCUGAAGUCAAUAAGGAGCACAUUUAUCGAAAUUCCUAUACAACAGGUUGGUUGUUUCGUUGGUGAAAAAGGAGGAAACAUUAUGAAACUAGAAAAUAUUUCCGGUGCAAAGAUACACCGCCUUGGUGUAGAUUCUUAUACACACAUGCAGCUUUAUAAGAUAUCUGGCACCCCGCAUCAAAUAAGCAAGGCGGAAAAUCUUGUAAAGGAAUUCCUACAAGAGAUGGAUUCUAUGGUUGAGGAGGAGAUCUCCGUUCCUAUGGAGAAGGUUGGUUUGGUCAUCGGGAGUGGUGGUGCAACUAUUAAAAAAUACAAAGUAUAUCUGGAGCAUCUGUUAAGAAUUUACAUCCAAGGAGUGAGUCAGGCACUACAGGAAGGUUUGUUAUCCGGGGUUCUCAAAACCAGGUAGACCAAGCAAGAUCAAUGAUAAAAGAUGUUGCAUCUAAAGAGAACCUCGGGCCAAAAACAAGGUUCCGAUGAUGAUUCUUUCCCCACCAAAGAUGGAUGCACUAAAAGUAGAUCCACAAGAAUGAUGGCAUUGAGAGAUCCGGGGUUACUUUGGUGAAUGUCAUAGCAAAGCAUUUCGGUUGAGGAAGUCGGCCACAUUUGUGCUGUAUAAUAUAGGUUCACCAAUUUUAACAGUGAAAACCUUUGUCCUAUUGCUACGACUGACAU